AUGUCUGAAUCAAAGACCAUCAGCCUGCUCAUUCCUCCUGAACAAGAUUCGACCUCACAAGAUUUGCAAGUCCAGAUCCAGAAAAUUGUUGCUCAGAAGGGCCACUUCCGUCAUGUGACCGAACAGUCGCUGCUGGCGCAAAUUCGCGGCAAAGCUCCAGGCUCAAAGCACAAUGAUCCUCAGGGUGACGGUCAAGUUGAGCCGGAAGAGGAUGAAACGCCCCAGAAACGUCAGGAACGACUGUGGAAAAGCAGAGAGGAGAUGCUGGAGCGCUUGAGUUACGCCCAGAAUGAGAUCCUGUGCGCACUGGACUUCGUGUCGCUGCUGAUCUCGAAACAGUCUGUCCCAGCUCAACAUUCCAUGUCUCCAGCACUCAAAGAUGCUGUCCCUGCUGGAACUCUGGCUGCACGAGUUUUGCCAGCCAAGCCGCUGUCAUCGUCUGUGCAGCGACGUUUAGCAUCCGCUUCUCAAGGUAGGAGAUUAGCAAGCUUUCGGUCUACCUCGAUCAAGCUAUCUACUGCCUCCUCCCGACUCAAAAUUGACGCGGAACGUGAAACGGAAUACUGGGCACAGAUUGCUGAUUUGACUGCGUCUGGCUGGGCGGUGUCACGAUUGCCGCGGGACAGCAAAGCAAUUGGCGUACACUUCGGGUUUCCCGAGUCUGCACCACAGUUUCGCGAUCGAGGUUUCGCCCUCCUUCGGCAAGCAGAUGACGGAGCUGUCAUCCUAGACAAGCACCCGAUUCAGAGGAAGCGUAAACGCCUUGGUGUCUAUGUCAGUCGAAACAACACGAAAACUGCUUUCUUUCAAGCUCGAACCUCUGUGCAGAAAGCGCAGCCCCAGAGCAUUGGAGAUCAGCUAACCGACAUGCGUGAUUCACUGUUCGAAGAAGAGCUGUUUUACGAAGUGUGUCGCGAGGCACGCAUAAUGGCAAACCAAGGCGUCACCACUCGUGCCGAUUCGGUAGAUCUUGAGGUCACCGGUGGAUGUCAAAUCUCGCUCGUGUUUGCAGAACAACAUGAUUCUGAUGUGGAUGCCACUCCCGAUUCCGACGACCACAUCGUAGCCGAAUUUGUUGCCGUGGCUCUUCGCUUGUUAUUGAACGCUGCUCACCAGCAAAACUUGGUCAGAAGAUCCCAAAAACCGCCGCCGAUGACUCUCAAAUCUCGUCCGCUUCCCGAAUAUGCUCUCAUUCGACUCAUUCUGACCCAUCUCCGGCACAAGGCUGAGGCGACAAGAUUCUGGAAAAGCUGUCGAGAUCUCGCCAAACCUUUCCUACAGGCCGGCAUACAAGUCUCGAUUACGCCUCAGAAGUCAACUGGCAAUCUAUUCGAGUCCCUAAGCGUGGAUCACUCGUCCACGUUGCUCUCUGAAAUGAUGCUCCCGGCGAAAGCAGGAUGCAAAGUCAGCCUAACAGAAGGCAGAACUAUGCAAGUCGGUCUUGCAACCUUUCUUGGGCCUCCACUAUAUGGAUCACGCUAUGAGACCUCUCCGGUUGAUUUUGGAUUCUCGCAUAUGCCAAUCUUGCGUCAUGAGACCGAGGGCGCGGCGGUGUCCUGUAUUCGACGAAUACUGUUACUGGAUUUGGUCGCCCACGUCGAGACUUUAGUGAAAGAACGCAACAUUCCCCCAGAGUCAGAGCAUGGACCGUCCAAGCACUGGAAGCUAGCCCACCCCCACGAUGGGGAGUUCAUCAUCUGUGAGUCGGACGAGGCAGUAGGUAAGAUGAAGAUUGCAGUCCUGCCGGAGUCCAUCAGCAUCAAGUGGAGCAACACAGGCAAAGGAUCUGCCUCGAAGUACCUCAUCUGGACAUGGACAGCCAGGGGGUGUACCAAAGCAGACGGAACGGCGGUUGCGUCUCAGGUGGAUACGGACUUUGACCAAGCGAUAGAUCAAAUCAUGAAGGGGAGUCUGUAG